AUGACCGACCUAACACCCACCCUCAACAACCUGCUUUCAAAGCAAGGCUCAUCAAUCCCCCAAACGAGAAACCCCUACACAGAAACUGCCGACGAGUUCCUAAAGGAGGCAUACCGAAUCAACUCACAUAUCAACUCUCUCCUCCAAUACCUACAAUCAAUCCGCCACGCCUACCUCUCAACAACACAACCACAACGCCGCAACCUAAACCCAAAUAUCAACUCCAAAAAUGCACCAACUGCAACCCCACAAACAAACCUUACAGACCCCGAGCGUGACGCAGUCGACACAUCAACAGCCCUCCUCCUCCGUGACCUAGCAACCUCAAUCGCAAACCUUUCCUCCGCCGAAACCCUCCGCCAAGAAACCUCCUCCACCCUCCUCCACAAGAAAUACGGCCACUCCGCCGCAGGAGCGCUCAUCUGGCGUUGGGCCAGCGGAAGCGGCGCGCUUGACAACAGCGCCGACGAGGGUAAAUCCGCGGAGCAGGUGUGCGCAGAGGAGAGCGCGCGGUCGACAGCGACGGUCCGCGAGAGCGUACUUUGGUUCCUGAGGCGCGGGCUUGAGAGUGCUGUCGGUGCGCAACGUCGGAUGGUCGAGAAGAGGAUUGAGAGGGUGCGGGAGAAGGAGAAGAGUGUGCUUUAUAAGGUCAGUGCGGGGAAGCCUGCUGGGAAUAUGGCUCGGAACGGGUCUGUUUCUGUGUCGGAGAGGGGUGGUUCUGGAGUUAGACCUGGGGGUGCGGGUGCGGGCUCGUUUGAUCCUGCUUUCCAGCCGCCUGAUGCGGCGGUUCUGAGUGAGGCGGAUACGGCGCAGAUCGAGGCGCAGCUUUCGCCAGAGCAGUUGCAGCUUUUUGCUGAGGAGAAUGAUUCUAUGCUUAGGCAUUAUGAGGAUACGUUGGGGAAGGUCCAAAAUGCCGAGAAAUCUCUCCUGGAGAUCUCCUCUUUGCAGGAAACACUUGUCUCUCACCUCGCUACGCAGGAGGAAUAUAUUUCCCAGCUUGUCUCGGACGUGGAUACGACGCAAACGAAUGUCGGGCAGGGAAAUCGUGAGCUAAAGCGUGCUACUGAGCGACGGAGUACGGCGCAGGCCGUCUUCUGGGGUACCGUCGGAUUGUGUACCUGGCUUGUGGUUUGGGAUUUGGUCUUUUAA